GUCGAGCUUGGACCAAUCGUGAGUCCGCGCCUAAACGAUCGCAGAGUGGGAACUUGGGAAGUUCCAUCCGGGAAAGUAUGUCGAUGCCUCUUCUGGUAAGUGCCCUGGACAUGACGUUAAAAUUUGUUAACGCGGCCAUAUGUCGGACAUUGAUCGGCGUGCAAAUGAUACAACCACAGACAGGAUCAUUACUUAAAUAUUAAAUCAUGUUCCGUGAAAACUACCUUGACAACUUCAUCCAGCUUGUCAGUAGCACGCUGAUACUACAGUUUCCCAAGUUGUCAAUCCCAUCCUCACCACAUACGACAAAAUGUCUCAAUCAAAGCCUCAAGAGCCUCACGAGACCUCUGAGCACGGGCUAUCUCAUCAGCGGACCGUGAGUCCGGAGGCUGACUUGGCUCAGCGCCAGACGAUCAACCUACAACUUCUCAGAACCGAAACUCGAGCAACUCUGCAAGAACUGGGCGUCACCGAGAGCCGACCGCCGUUAGAUCCCAAUUAUCCCGAACUUGCACGUCCGCAAAAUCCGGUCUUCCCAGAAGAGUACACGCUCGAAACUGCCACUGGUCUAGUGCCGCAACGUACUUUGGAGCAGAUCCGGACCAGAGCCUCACUCGCGACUCAAGGCGGACGACUCCCCUCUGACGAAGACCUCGAAAAAACAGGUGAAGAGGAGCCUGUCGAGUUCGUCACCUUCCGCAUCAAUGAUCCGGAGAAUCCUCACAACUGGUCAAACUUGUACCGAUGGUACGUCACCAUUGUUGCCUCAAUGCUGGUCGUUUGUAUCGCCUUCGGCUCGUCGAUUGUCACAGGUGGUUUAGGUCUUAUCGAGGAGAAGUACAACGUUUCGCUCGAAGUCGCUAUCCUCACAUGUUCGAUUAUGGUUUGUGGGUUCGCCAUUGGUCCACUCUUAUGGAGUCCUCUGUCCGAGAUUAUCGGUCGACGACCUGUCUACAUCGUCUCCCUGGCAUUGUACACCAUCUUCAACAUUCCUUGCGCUCUGUCACCCAACAUCGGUGGCCUGCUUGUCUGCAGAUUUCUGUGUGGCGUCUUCUCUAGCUCUGGUCUGUCAUUGGCUGGUGGCACCAUCGCGGAUAUCUGGAACAUUGAGCAGCGUGGAACAGCCAUCGCAUAUUUCGCCGCUGCGCCUUACUGCGGGCCUGUUAUCGGCCCGAUUGUGUGCGGUUGGAUCAAUAUUGGAACUCAUCGUCUGGAUUUGUUCUUCUGGGUCAACAUGGCCUUCUCAGGGGCCAUGAUGAUCAUUGUCGGCCUUGUCCCCGAAACAUACGCUCCUGUGAUCCUGAAACGCCGAGCGAAGAAGCUCAGAAAGGAGUCUGGAGAUGAAAACAUCAUCACGGAGCAAGAAAAGGUCAAACUCACCUUCCGUGAGAUCGUCCGAACCAGCCUGAUUCGACCAAUCACCAUGAUUAUGACUGAGCCGGUUUUGGACCUGAUGUGUAUGUACAUCGUCCUGAUCUAUGCUAUGCUCUAUGCCUUCUUCUUUGCCUAUCCGGUUAUCUUUGGCAAACUCUACGGAUACAAUGAUGGUCAGAUUGGAUUGAUGUUCAUUCCCAUCCUGAUCGGAGCGAGCUUCGCUCUCGUUGUUACACCUCAGAUCGAGAAGCAUUUCAGGACGAUCAUUAAGCGCCGGGCACCAACCCCUGAGGAUCGGUUGAUCGGAGCCAUGAUUGGAGCACCAUUUAUACCUAUUGCGUUGUUCAUCCUCGGAGCUACUUCUUACAAGCACAUCAUCUGGGUUGGACCAGCUUCAGCCGGCAUUGCUUUCGGAUUUGGAAUGGUUCUGUGUUAUUACUCGGUCAACAACUAUAUCAUCGAUUCGUACCAGCAAUACGCCGCCUCUGCUUUGGCAGCCAAGGUCUUUCUGCGAUCCGGUGGUGGUGCAGCGUUUCCUCUAUUCACCACACAAAUGUACAAUACCGUUGGAUUGAACUGGUCGUCGUGGUUGCUGGCGUUCAUCGGCAUUGGGAUGGGUGCGAUUCCCUUCUUAUUUUUCUAUUACGGUGCAGCAAUUCGAACCAAGCUCAACAGAAGAACCAAAGUUGGUGAAGACACCAAAGAGGCACCAGCAUCUUUGGCUCGAGGCGUAUGAGCCGAGUGAGUUAGGGAUACGAUCCUUGCCCUGUGGGUGCCGUUUACUACCUUAUUAUGAUCCUACUGUAUCAGAAUGGAUCUUUGGAGCUAUUUAGCGGGCGUGUGGUGGUCUGGAAAGGGACUUUAAUUGAAGAGUUCUGAUUUCAUAGUGAAUACUGGAGUUUGUGUCUAUGCAUGUGAAGUCAGGAAUUACUAAGCAACCCCUACAUAAAACCUAAUAUGCGAGCCUUGGUUAGUACAUCCACGAUCUUAAAUGCACGAGCAUCUACACAUUGACUUGUUCUCAAUCAGUGCAGCCCAUGUGUUUUGUUCUCCUCGCGAGGUU